UUAAAGUAAGUAAUAUAUUGUUGUAAGUCUACAAUGUUUUUAAAUGUCUCUGUUUUUCAUCUCAACAGCCAGUGCUCUAAUUUCUGCAGCUGGUGGAUAUAGUAUCAGGCUGGUGAAUGGUAGCAAUGACUGCUCUGGGAGAGUGGAGAUCCUUCAUAAUGGUCAGUGGGGAACAGUGUGUGAUGAUGACUGGGACAUGAAUGAUGCUGUUGUGGUGUGCAGACAGUUGGGAUGUGGAGGAGCUGUUAGUGCAAAGUCCCAGGCAUAUUUUGGCCAGGGAAGUGAUCCGAUCUGGUUGGAUGAUGUGAGAUGUUCAGGAAGUGAAUUAUCCCUCACACAGUGCUCACACAAUACUAUUGGAAUCCAUGACUGCAGUCACAGUGAAGAUGCAGGUGUCGUCUGCUCACAGGGUAAAAGUAUAAAUGUUUCUCAAGAUCCAAGAUGGCAUUGUAUAUUUGCUGUUUGCUUGUGAUGAAAAGAGUACCAAAGAGAUUAAAAACAACAUAAACCUACAGUGUUUGGCCCCAAAUAAUAAUUAUAUAUAUAUAUAAAAAUAAAAAAAAACAAGAGAAAGCAAAGGGG